UAUUGUUCAUUUUCUGUUGGUUUCAGAUGGGUACGCGAAUUUCUGAAUGAAGAAAACCAGGGACUCAAUUCGCUUGUCAACUAUCUCAGUUUUCGCCUACAGAUGAUGCACUACGAGCAACGCUCUCCUCCCUCUACCACCGCCUCCGAGGAGCGUAUUACCAACCUUGUAUCACCCGACUCACCCCUACCCCCAACCAGCAACGGUGUGAUCCACCCUGGAGGUGUGACCGCCCUGGAGCAGAGUGGGCUUCUCAUGGACAGUCCGGCGAGUGUCAUGAGGCGCCAUCACCGACAUGCCACCAAACUCAAGAUGGGUGACACAAGGGAUGACAUUCAUGUCUGCAUCAUGUGUCUAAGGGCUAUCAUGAACAACAAGUAUGGCUUCAACAUGGUAAUCCAGCACACAGAGGCCAUCAACUGUAUAGCACUCAGCCUCACGCACAAAAGUCUCAGGACAAAAGCGCUGGUUUUGGAGUUGUUGGCAGCGAUUUGUCUGGUGAAAGGCGGCCAUGAAAUAAUUUUGUGCGCAUUUGACAAAUUCAAAGACACCUGUCAUGAAGAGAAACGAUUCCAGACACUCAUGGACUAUUUCAUCAACUAUGAAGUCUUCCAUGUAGAAUUUAUGGUAGCCUGCGUGCAGUUCGUGAACAUAGUCGUGCACUCAGUGGAGGACAUGAACUACCGCGUGCACCUACAGUACGAGUUGACGCAAUUGGGGUUGGACGCCUACCUGGAGCGACUGCGACACAACACCGAGUCGGAGGAGCUGAGGGUGCAGAUCCUCGCCUACCUGGACAACGUGUUCGACGUGGCCGCCCUCAUGGAGGACAGCGAGACCAAGACGGCGGCGCUCGAGAAGGUCGCCGAACUGGAGGAUGAGUUGGGUCAGGCCCACGACAGGCUGUCUGAAAUCGAGCGAGAAAGCCUGGCUCAAAUCGCCAACCUGGAGACUGCCCUGGCCCAGGCGAGAUGCGAGCGAGACGAGUUGGCCGAAGGCAGGCGACAAAUCGAAGAAGAAGUACAAACACUGAGACGAACCGUUACCGACCAGAGACAACAGUCUCAAUCGAGACAAUCCAUGCUGGAGGAAACCAUCCAACAGCUCAUGUCCAGGACUGGAGGCUCCAGUACGUUACCAUCCAAUUCCACAAUUGGCUCCUCCUCAACCAGCAGCGGUAUCUCCAGUCCCUCCCACCCUUCCUCCUCACCUCCUCCUCCACCUCCACCUCCUCCUCCACCACCUCCUCCUCCUCCUGCGUCCUCCUCAACAGCCCCACCACCUCCGCCUCCUCCAAUGAUGAUGAUGACGUCACACCCUCCUCCACCACCACCUGCCCCGGGACAAAUGGCGGCCCCGGAUGGAGCGAUGACCAUCAAACGGAAAGUGUUGACUAAGCAUAAACUGCCCACACUCAAUUGGUUGCCGUUGAAGCCUAAUCAGGUUCGCGGCACAAUCUUCAACGAACUUGACGACGACAAGCUGUUCGCUGUGAUAGACUUUGUCGACUUUGAGGAGAAGUUCAAACUGGGCGGGGCGCUGAGAGUGGUGGGGGGUGGCGGCGGCGGGGGCACACAAAAUGGCGGCGAGGACCACCAAGAUGGCGGCCAGCUGGCCACCUUUCCCAGCAAACGCUUCAAGAAGGCGGACGCCGUCAGUCUGCUGGAACAUACGAGGUUGAGGAAUAUUGCGAUCUCGCGUCGGAAGAUAGACAUGCCAGUCGAGAAGGUGGUAGCUGCCAUUAAUGCGCUGGAUCUCAAACAGAUCUCGCUAGAAAAUGUCGAGAUCCUACAGAAAAUGGUUCCCACCGAUGCUGAGACAAAGGCCUACAGAGAGUACGUGGGAGAGAGAAAGGACGUGGCUGCUCUGACAGACGAAGACAGAUUCCUGCUGCAGUUGACUAAAGUUGAGCGACUCGCCCAGAAGUUGACCAUCAUCAACUAUAUGGGCAACUUUUGUGACAAUGUGCACCUUAUCACGCCGGUAUAUAUCCUUCUAUUUAAUUCAAUUAGUUUAUUAACCGACUUCUCGUGUGUUGCAGUGUCGCUGGAGAACGUAGUGCUGGACGUGGCCGAACUGGAGAAGCACAUGGAGGUGGUGAGGAGGGAAGCCGACCUCCGCCACUCGUCCUCCUCAUCGGCCUCCUCCUCCUCACUGCUGCGUGACUUCCUGCACAACAGCGAGGACAAACUGAGGAGGUUACGACAGGACUGUAGACAGGCCCAAGACUCAUUCAAGGAGUGCGCUCAAUUCUUUGGCGAAGAAUCGUCUCGAUCGACCGAUGCCAAUGCCUUCUUUGCGCUGCUCGUCAGAUUUGUCAAGGCUUUCAAGUUGGCCGAUGCAGAGAACGAGCAACGCAGGCGAUUGGAGCAGACAGCUGAGAGGCUGGCGAAGGGCGGUGGAGGUGGGGGUAGUGAGGGAGCAGAGGUGGCCAAAAGAAAUCGACUGAAUCAGCAGAAAAAACAGCAGGACGCGGUCAUCAACGAGCUCAAGGUCAAAGCCAGGCAGUUGGCCGAUGCAGAGAAUGAGCAACGCAGGCGAUUGGAGCAGACGGCUGAGAGGCUGGCAAAGGGCGGUGGAGGUGGUGGGGGUAGUGAAGGAGCAGAGGUGGCCAAAAGAAAUCGGCUGAAUCAGCAGAAAAAACAGCAGGACGCGGUCAUCAACGAGCUCAAGGUCAAAGCCAGGCAGGUACAAGAGAAGAAACUGCUGCAUCAGGACGAGGUCUACAACGGAGCGCUGGAAGACAUCCUGCUUGGCCUCAAGUCGGAGCCCUACAGACGGGCGGAUGCAGUCAGACGAAGUCAGCGCAGACGUAUCGACAGCCAUAGACUCAGUCGCACCAUGGACGAGAUCGAGCUGUGAUCACUCAUCACUGAUUAUCUUAGAUGGGACCAAGCGUACAAUACUGUGUGCCUCUAUAAUAAAUUACUUGUUUCAAAUAUCUCAACUGUUAUAUGAUUACAAUUAUAUUCAUCUGUUAGCUUUAUUAUUUUAUACAUUAUAUAUUUUUAUAAAUAUGUACAGUGUGACAAAAGAGAUCUUUAUGUAAGUGUAUUAUAUUUAUUUGUAGAUAAAUUUGUAUUUUUGUAGCGCACUCAUUGUAUACCAUGAAGAAAAUUGUUAUAUGUAUUCUGUCUUAUAAGCAAGAUUUGCAUUGAACCAAGUUUUGUCUUAAAAACCAAGUUUUGUCUUAAAACCCAAGUUUUGUCUUAAAA